CUGGUGAAGCUAAACACUGUUGACUCUCUGAUCGUGCCAUGUCACCAGAGUGUCACGCUGCAAUGCAGCAUCUCCACCUCCCAGGAGGGGCUGUCAGUCACACACAUGGCCUGGGUCCGCCAGGAUGGGAAGUGCCUGUGUGAUGUUAACGAGACUGGGGUGACCGGGACCCACCCAGGGAACACACCUAGUGUAAUGGAGUGUAGUUAUACCCCACAGACACAGCUGACCCUGACCCUGCUGCAGGUACAGCCACUGGAGCAGGGAAAGUACUUGUGCAAGCUGCGCUCCAAUAAAGGGGUAAAGAUGUCCACCACAACGGUGAAGCUGCAAGGUGAGUGUCCUAGCCCAUUCUCACUCAUGUAAUACUGUCAUAACCUAGACGUCUAUCAUGCAUGUAUUCCGAAGCCAUUGACCAGAAGCUGGUGGAAGAAGCUAUAGGAGGACUGGCUCAUUGUAAUGUAAUGGCUGGAAUGGAAUAAAUGAAACGGUAGUCUUGUUUGACUCCGUUCCAUUAAUUCCAUUCCAGCCAUUACAUUACAAUGAGCCAGACCUCCUAUAGCUCCUCCCACCAUUCUCCUCUGCCAUUGGCAUUGUGCACUGUUCGUCAAUAUUGCAUAUAGGUCAGUGGGAGCUGAUGGCCAUUGCUUAACUACAUGGGAAUUUACAGUGCCUCCACUGAGCAAAAUGUAUGAAUAAUGGUGUCAGGGGGCUUACGGAAGCACAUUGCACCAUUUCUCAAGAACUCUCCAACCUCAGCCAUAAUAAUUGUGUUAAAAAAAAACUUGCUCUGUUUCCAUUCAGAGUGCUACAGGACGGUCCAGCCCAGCAUCAGUGAUGAGGGCCCAACCUGCACCUUCACUGGGGUCUACCCUGACGGAGAGGUGCACUGGUUCCAGGGACCCAACAACGUGACUGGGGAAUCUAAAAUCAACACUAAACAAGUGGAGGAUGGAGGGUCGUUGACUGUGACUAGUUCCCUGAAAAGAAAGACCGUCUCUGGGGAAGGGUCCUACAACUGCUCCCUGUGGAUCCCCAGUACUGGAGCCUACCUGACCAGCAGUUUAGUGGUGCCAGAGCAUGGUGAAGCCAGGGUUAAUGUGCUCAAUGCCAGCGGGGCAGGGGCCAUUGGUCCUAUGUGGAAACCCUGGGUGUUUCUAGUCCCCCUGAGUACUCUCUUCCUGGUGUGACGUCUUGAAAACAAACAUUACUUUACUGAAUCAUUAACUCAAAUGGACCAGGAAGCGCCAGGAUCAUUUAAUGAAUAUGGAAGAGCCAUUGUGUGAGGUUCCUUUCAUGGUCCAAAGGUUUCCUUGGCUGCGGAGAACAAGGAAAUGAUGGCCAGAUGAGAGAGGCUGAUAACCUGGCGCAAAUCAGUGUAUAUAUAACGGGUGGAACUGUCAAACUAUUGUGAAUGCACCCUUGUUGGUCUGCCAGUGCCAGGUGUAUUAGAUUGUUAAUUAAAAAUGGCAAACAGCAGUAGAAACAAUAACAAAGUUUACUUCCCGCCCAUUUUGGUAAAAACCUGAGGGAUGGGCCUGGAGAAAUGUAACCACUCUCAAAUUCAUAGACAGAGCUGUGGAUGCAAGGAUUGACCAUCCAUGAUAUCAAAAUGAUAGUUUUAACCAUGUUUUGAGGCUAUAUGGUGUUUUAUUAAAUUUACUUUGUUUACAAAUAUUGGUGCAAAAUAAGCUUAUAUUUUGGGUUCUGAUGGGGUACGACAGUUGAACUAAGCUCAUGAGGCAUUUAUAAGUUAUAUUCUUCAAGAAUUAAUGGGUACAUAUUUUUAAAAAUGGAUGCAGCAACUGCUGAGUGCCCCUUUAAGGGCGUGGCCUUUUGUAUAAAAGCCUUCCUAUUUGUGUCAAUCAGGGAGAUCCCCUUACUGGUUGGCCUGCUAUGGGAGGACAGGAGUGGUGGUUUAAUUGACCUGAUUUAUUUUUUAAGCUUGAGAAAUAGGAAUGAUUGUAAAUGUAGUGUUUAUUGGCGCCCAUAGUCCACCUAGACACUCUCCUUCGCCCUGGGCACACCGUCUGUGAGUGUUACAACACCAAUGUUUGAUUGAAUAUGAAUUGUGUGAGAAACUUCAUGUUAGUAGUAAUGUUUGUUUGAGAGCUCUGGCAUUGCUGCUAACCAUUGAAGUGUGACAGAUGUGGGGAACUCUUAGAGCUGAGGAUAAUGUAUGGAAAUUGUGCAUUGUGAUGCUGAAACAAAAAUAAAUUGUUGUCUGAGUCCCACGCUCCACUCCUUUUUAACCACCCUCCUGUGAUCCACUAACUAUGCUCUUUCAUUGCAGUUCACGCCCUCUGUCUCCUUUACAACCCGUGGUGCACCUGUGUUCAGGGUCAAGCACCUCUGGCAGCACGUCCAUGGCGCUGGAGUACAAGAUUCAAGCUGUCGGGCCAUACUAGAGUGUCUGAAGCUAGCUCACAGUGGCGUCCGUCCUAAACAUUGUUUGCCCUGCGUUCAGGGUUGUCGGCUCUUUUUUGUUGUAGUUCUUGCUCUAAGCGCCACUCCCCCGCUCCAGGUAGAUUCCUUAUAAGAACGAAAUGAUGUACGAUGUAACUUAUUCCUCUUAAAGAGACAGUAAUGUGAUUGUAGUCCUAGGUAUUCUAAUUGUCUGGUAGUGCACAAGUCACCUUCCGGGUAUUUAUUACUAUUUAUACUGGUAAACAGUUGGUUUUUGAAUCUUGAAACUGAAGAAUCUUGUUAUUUUUUUAUAGUAUUGCCUCGUCCAUUGCAUUGCUCAAUAGGUGGCCUGUCACAAACCUACCUUAUACUGGUUAAGGUGUUCCCCCUCAUUAACAGGAACUGUAUUAGUCUGGUAGUUGCGCCAUUUUAGGUAUCCCUAGUCAGCAGGUGUUGCAUAUACACUGAGUGUACAAAACAUUACGAACAUGACAUGGACUGACAAGGUGAAAGCUAUGAUCCCUUAUUGAUGUCACUUGUUAAAUCCACUUCAAUCAGUGUAGAUGAAUGGGAGGAGACCGGUUAAAGGCCUUUUUAUGUCUUGAGACAUGGAUUGUGUAUGUGUGCCAUUCAGAGGGUGAAUGGGUAAGACAAAAGAUUGAAGUGCCUUUGAACCGGGUAUGGUAGUAGGUGCCAGGCUCACUGGUUUGAGUGUCAAGAACUGCAACGCUGCUGGGUUUUUCACGCUCAAGUUUCCCGUGUGUAUCAAGAAUGGUCCACCACCCAAAGAACAUUCAGCCAACUUGACACAAAUGUGGAAUGCUCUUGACACCUUGUUGAGUCCAUGCCUUGAUGAAUUGAGGCUGUUCUGAUGGCAAAAGGUGUACAACUCAAUAUUAGGAAGGUGUUCCGAAUGUUUUGUACACUCAGUAUACUGCACAGGUGAUUUCUGAGCAAGGCUCGCUGUGUGUGUGUGCAUACGAUAAAUUACCUUGUUUGGAUCUAAAACACAAUAGAUGUUUAGGAGAUAUCGAAUGCAAAUACUUCAACUGGACAAAGAAAUACAGGGAAUACCACUGGGCAAACCGGAAAAUUGUGUGUUGAAUGUCGAUCUCUCUUGUUGGCAAAAUGUGCCCUCUGCUGGAGUUUGUCUGCUGCUGCAAUUGUGGCCAACCUCACUUUCAGUAUGAGUGAUCAAAAUACACUGACUAAAUAAGAGGCUACUGCAAGAAGGGAAAUGGAUGCUCUGAGAUAUGCCCCUAAAUAAGAACCUCUCUCCACAUCUCAUCUGGCCCUUAUGGCACGUUCACGUGCUAGUCGAAACUAGGAAACAAGAAAAUGUCAGACUUGCCAACUGGUUAUAUUUAUACACGUGCAGCAUUCAACCAGUUAGCAAGUCGAAAAUAUAUGUGAAAGCACCAUUAGGAUGGGGUCCAGGGGUUAUCUACACACAGUGACCCAUUUCACCCUCUUGGGCUAAGUGCAUCGUUUCUCCUAACCUUUGCGCCAAAACACUUCUUCAUUCAUUUAAGCAAGGUUUUUGGGAGGCUUUUCAAGUCUGCCCACUUUGCUCAAAUAGUCCAGCUAAAGUCAGCGCUAGAUGGGGUCUGGCUUUGCUUUUAGUGAGAGGUUAAAAAUGCCCUCUGUCAAGACUGGAAAAUGACUUGGUCAUGCUGUACUUGGAAAAUUCUGUCAAUGUCCUGUUAACACACACCACACCUUAUCGUCACUGAGGAACCUAAUAGUUCCUCAUGAGCGGUGCAAUGUGUACUUGGGUGUAAUCAUCAGUCCAAACUGUUUUGCAAGACGUUAAUCAAAUGCCACCACCGACUGCUUCGUUGUUGAGAUUCAAUGGGCACAUGCACAUUGUUGCCAUCUUAGAGCAACAGCAAUGAGCAGUCAGCGGUUGUAUUUAAUUAAUGUUUUGCAAAACGGUUUGGACCAGUGGAGGCUCCUCAGCGGAGGAAGGGGAGGACCAUCCUCAGUGAAUUUCAUAAAAAUGGUAAAACAUUGAAAAACUAUACUAAAUAUAUUCACGUCACCAAAUAAUUGAUUAAAACACACUGUUUUGCGAUCAAGGUCUACAGUAGCCUCAACAGCACUCUGUAGGAUAGCACCAUGGUGUAGCUGGACAGCUAGAUUCCGUCCUCCUCUUGGUAUAUUGACUUCAAUACAAAACCUAGGAGGCUCUUGGUUCUCAACCGCUUCCAUAGACUUACACAGUAAUUAUGACAACUUCCGGAGGAUGUCCUCCAACCUAUCAGAGCUCUUGCAGCAUGAACUGACAUGUUGUCCACCCAAUCAAAGGAUUGGAGAAUGAAUCUAGUACUGAAAGCAUAAGCUACAGCUAGCUAGCACUGCAGUGCAUAAAAUGUGGUGAGUAGUUGACUCAAAGAGAGAGAAAGACAAUAGUUAAACAGUUUUCUACAAAUUAAUUUAUUCAAAAAUGAAGGAGAAGCAAGAGAGAGAUUUUGUCCUUUUUUUUCACUUUCUGUUUCACUUACUUAGCUAGCAAAUGCAGCUGGCAAAUUUAGUUACUCAAACACCCGGGCUCAAACAGAGGGAUGCUAUGUUAGCUAGCUGGUGAUGACUAUCCAACACAACACUGGAACUUUUCCAAGUCAAGGUAAGCUUUUGGUUUUAUUAAUUUAUUGCCACAGGGGCCCGCCGGUAUAACUGCUUACUGACUAUACACUGUAACGUUACUGCAUGAUUGUAGCAGGUUUACUAACGCAUUAGUUCUAUUAGCUAUGUUGACUAGGACGUUACUUUAGCUAAUAUGGGGACAACGAUGUAGGAUGUGUGUAGAGGUUAUGACAUGGUUUGGCUUGGAAACGAGACGGGGAGAAAAUACCUGAAUUUGUCCAAUAGAAACUCUUGUUUGCAUCUGUUGGGCUAAUGAUUACACCCUAGAUAAGCUAGAUGCAGGCAAGAGUGUGCAAGGCGGUAUUGAAUAUGUCACUGUCUGUCAUCUCACAUUUUCCUCUCGACCUGUGUGCACCUACGUUGUAAACUUUUAUUCAUAGGCUAGGUUGCAGCAACCUCAUGAUGGGUAUAGGGCAAAUUUGAGUAUCAUGUAGUAGCCUAAACCUAUCGUUGUUACAUUGAACUGGUUGAAUGGAAUAAGAAUGACAGUCAUCCAACAUGUAAUAGAAAUAAGGCCAUGCUCAUGAAAAACAAAUGGUCCUCCCUCAUCAUAAACAGCACUGAUCGCCACUGGUUUGGACUGAUGAUUACACCCAAGUACACAUUGCACCGCUCAUGAGGAACUAUUAGGUUCCUCAAUAUAAAAAGUAUGGAUUUAAGCAAACAAAGAACUACAGAGGACAAACAUUGGCGUUUCAUAAUUCAAUUUUUUUGAAGUAUUGACCUUGGGCGAAUCAAUGUAGUCGGAGCUAGAUUCCACAAAGCCUGGUCUCGGCUCCACGCCUUUAAUGAAGGUUAUAAACUUCAUUCACCGUGGAGUUUAGUCCGCUACUGAAAUGUCUGUCUUUCUGGUUGAUUUCUGUUCAGAGUAAGAGCAGCAUUUCAACCACCUCCACUUUCCACCACAAGAGGGGGAGAGUGACGCACUGAUCAUGAGAGAGCGUGAGUAUCGGUUUGCCUGAGUAAAUUCAACCAUAUACAGUCUACCAGGACUACAAUCCUAUAUAAAGUGCUAUGUAGUGCGCUAGUGAAUAGGGUGCCAUUUGGGACACACAAAUAUUCCCCAUAUCAUCUCUUAGCCGUGAUUACAAAAUGCCUCAGGAGUGUAGGGAGAGAUGGAAACUUACAUACCACAGAGGAAUAACUUCAGGCAGUGUGUCACACACCCACAUAGUGGAUCCCCACCAGUGGCGGCUGGUGGGAGGAGCUUUAGGAGGACAUGCUCAUUGUAAUGGCUGAAAUGGAAUAAAUGGAACGGUAUCAAACACAUCAAACAUAUGGGACCACAUGACUCAGUUCCGUUUAUUCCACUCCAACCAUUACAAUGAGCCAGUCCUCCUAUAGCUCCUCCCACCAGCCUCCACUGAUCCCCACAGUACCAUGGGGGGCCUAUUCAAUCAAAACUGUUUAAAGAGAACAUUUUCUUGAGUGCAUCAGAACACAUUUGCAGGAUGCUGUAAGAAGAAUUACAUGCUUGACUUUGUGGUUACUUACAGAGUUUGAUUGAAAAGAGCUCCUGUGGAUGCAUGUCAUCCUACAGUCUGUUACCAUGAAAAACCACACUGUGAUUCGACACUAGAUAACCCCCUUCCUCUCUAUCUGAAAUGUCUUGCUUGUCUUGUUACAUCACCACACUAGUGUCUGUUUGAAGAUGUUCCGGAUCCUUCUCUUGAAAACACUACAAACCCAAGCCAGCAGAAAAAAGUAGGGGGAUUGAAAGAGGUGAAGGUGAAGUGAAGUGGUUAGCCAUAGCAACUUUGAUCUCUGUCUCAAUACACACACACACACACACACACUUUACAUCCAUCACACACAGACCCAACUCAGAGAACACAGUGGGGAAUGCAGCGCCGUUGCCAUGGGGACUGGAAGCCUUCCGAUGCCUCUCUGCCACACACACACACACUGAGAGGGGCCUGGCUGUGUGUUCCUCUCGCUGGCCAAUUAGCCUAGCCACUGUUAUCUCCCCUCAGAGUGGUUUACAUUACAACCCUGACAGCCUGCUAGCCAAUGGUCAGGUGAGCUGUCCUAUCCACAGCUGGCCAUGUCAACAUGGUGAGGAGGGCCAUUCUGUCAACACAGGCCUGGGAUUUAUGUAAAGAGCAGGUAAGUGGGUUUCCUAACGCUAAAAUGGCAGUUGGCUUUGAGACUAAUUGACUUGGGAGGGAUGAGGAAAGGAGAAUAAAAGUGAGAAGUGACAUUGAUUUGUUAUUGAAAAUGGGCAUACAAUUAUUAUGACACUGUUUCUCUCCAGAUUAUUAUGGCCUUCAAAUGGCAAAGAAAAAUAAGUACAAGUUCAAUGAAAGGGCAUAAUGGGAAUCGGGAAUCUUUUCUGUUGUGAAUCUCAUGGAGACAGACUUUAUUAUGUGUACUCUAUGCAGACAGAAGGAUAAUCAUAUAUUCUGUGCUUAUAUAUAUAGCUCUGGAAAUCAAUAAUGUGAAUAACAUCGCUGAACGGCGUCUUGCUGGAGCUACUUUGAUGUAAACAGCAAGGCGUUGAGAUGCUAGCUCUGCUUGACACUGGAGGUUACAGUGUCAGAAUGGGGAAGAAAAUCUUCCAUCAAAGCAAAAAGCUUCAAUGUACUGAACCCUCCGUGCUCUGUUGACACCAUUCUUCUUCGUAUCGUUUGAUAUAGUCUAGGAUUAGCAAGAGAGCAGAGGCAAAGUCUUUUGAAGAUAAAGAAACAAGACCAAAACAAUUGCAUAAGACUUGUAUAACUGACACAGAUGGCUACAUCUCCACACAACAAGCGGAGCUACCAGCUUUAUGAGUGAGGACAGAGGACAGGUGUGCUCUGCCCUAGCAUCCCCAUGAGCAUGCACGCAUCCACACAUCCUCCCUUUCCAAUUCUCCCUUGAAAAAAGAUAAUCUAAUUUUUAAUGGGAAAGUGGUCCAUUCUAAAGAAGACCGAUCAGGCACGACAGAGUGUCCAAACACUGUGCAGCUGUACCAUAGGGCCAGAAACAGGAGACCUGGGUCGUAUUCGUUAGGACAAAAUGAGCAUUUCUUAUUGGACCAAAUCCAAGUAGUCCCUCCCUGUUUCAGUCUGUUUCCUUCCGUUUGGUACCUAAUGAAUACCACCCAGAGGGACUGUCAACAACAUUUGCCACAAGCUGUUCAACCCCCUGAAUGUCACCUCAACUCAACUCCCAGAAUAGGUGGAUGUACCAAUGCACCAAGUCACACCUUAAACCCCCAUUCACACCAAGCUGUCUGAGAUUGUCCAUGUUCUCAUUCCCUCAUUGGAACAGAGAUGUUUGUUCUAAUCUGGUUGCCACGCCCAUUUAUGUCCAUCCACAUCAUUUGGAUCAGAGUGUUAGGCGAUAGAAGUAGAACUGGAGUUCUGUGGUGUGAGUGAGCUGUCAGGUAGUAGAGGCACAGCAUGUACAUUUGGGCUUUGUUGCCACGGGAGACCACACACGGUUGGCCAUACUGUAAAGCAGUGUUGAUGAAUACUGCUCUGUCUGCAUUUUUCAUCUGAUAUGUAACAUGCAUAUCCUUCUAAAAGCAUUGUUUUGUCAUGUGACUGUUUAAAGCCCCCAUGCAGUCUUUGUAAUUGUAUUUUUAAAUCAUCCCUGUCUGUCUAAUAAAUCACUGUGUGUGUUUAUUUAAUGAAAAUAACGUACUUCCCUGAGCCUCCUUUGGCCAUUGAUUGUGUGGGCAUUAGGAAACAAAUUUGAAGAUAUUUACAUAAGCAGCCCUGAUUGGCUGAUAGGAUGGUCUAGAGCCCAUCCUCUUAUUCAGAUGAACAGUCAUUGGUCAAUUAUAUUCAGAUCACAUGAUGAUGUGGGCCAAACGUUCAUCCCACCUGAACAGGCUAAAAUUCCAGGCAUUUGUUUUUCAAACAGCUCUUACACAAAAAGGGCAUUAAUAAUAAUUUGUGUUAUUUCGACCUCAUAGUGUGGAAAUAUCAAUACAAAAACAGGACAUUUUAAGAAUGACACCAAUUAAUUGUCUGACUAUUGACAAUAUAGUGCAUUAGCUACAGUAUAGUUCUAUGAUUGUGUUAUUAUAUUGGAGCUUCUUAUCUACGGUGACUAACACGUCAACACCACAGCGUGCCUUGCAACGUGUUAUAUGAUUCAUUUCUGCAGCAGCUGGGCACACAUGGCAUAAUUCAGGUUAAGUGCCAGGCUGAAGGAUGCCCAUCAUGCUUAUGAGUGCCAGUAGGCCAAAACCGGUAGUGUCCCCACUGUCUACACACUAAAAACUCACACUAAAACACGGACAAAGUAGACUAAACACUGUGUCCACAAUAACACAAACACAAUAACACUCCCAUGAGUGCAAGUAGGGCAACACCAGUAUACGCAGUGUCCACAAGGACACUACCACUAACCUACUUACACAAUAACACACUGGUACACAGAAGCACAGAAUCCACUGCAGUUUACUGGGUUGAUAAUGGAUGGGUUGACAGCUGUCCAGUGUGUAUGCCUCUCUGCUGUUCUGGGUCAUAAACAUAUGGAAAUGGGAGCAAGUCAUCCCUCAAAUCCGUUUUUAGAUAGUUAUAUAUCUUGUGGUAAUAAAGGAAAGAUUUGUUUUUAAAAUAUAGGAUUUAUAUCUGUUGUCCUUGGAUAAGAACCAAUUUGUCAUGUACUCAAACCCACCAUGAGAGAAUCAUAUCCAAAUCCCUGUUUAUGUCCAACUGUAGCAUUCCACGUGUACCCCACCUGCUAAUGCAAUGAACGCUCCUGUCUUUUCUGUUGAAUAUCAAUCUGUUUUGAUCAAUGCCAUACAGAUCACAGGUUGGUGGCACCUUAAUUGGGGAGAACGGGCUCGUGGUAAUGACUAGAGCGGAAUCAGUGGAAUGGUAUCAACUACAUCAAACACAUGGUUUCCAGGUUUUUGAUGCCAUUCCAUUUACUCUGUUCCGGCCAUUAUUAUGAGCCGUUCUCCCCUCAGCAGCCUCCACUGAUACAAAUAUAUUAUUUAAUAUAAAUAACGAAGUAGCUUAUUGCAGAAUUGUGCAGAAUGCACAUGGCAAUGACUGAGUCCUGCUCAAUUGCACCAAUAAACAGCAAGCCUACCCCCAAGCCAUAAGACUCCUGAACAGCUAAUCAUGGCUACCCGGACUAUUUGCACUGCCCCCCCACCCCAUCCUUUUUACGCUGCUGCUACUCUGUUAAGUAUUUAUGCAUAGUCACUUUAACUCUACCCACAUGUACAUAUUACCUCAACUACCUCAACUAGCCGGUGCCCCCGCACAUUGACUCUGCAACGGUACCCCCCUGUAUAUAUAGCCUCCCUACUGUCACUUUAUUUUACUGUAUAUAUAGCCUCCCUACUGUCACUUUAUUUUACUUCUGCUCUUUUUUUCUCAACACUUUUUUUGUUGUUGUUUUAUUCUUACUUUUUUUGUUUAAAAUAAAUGCACUGUUGGUUAAGGGCUGUAAGUAAGCAUUUCACUGUAAUGUCUGCACCUGUUUUAUUCGGCGCAUGUGACCAAUAAAAUUUGAUUUGAUUUGAUUUGAAGCCUCAUGGGUACAAUCUCUAUAUAUGGAUUAACCAAGGCUGAAUCAAGCACCAUUAAAAUCAAACACUUAGGCUGCAUUGAUCCCGUAUGAAUCGAUACACCUGCUCUGCACACUAACUGUUACCUAACACACAGACCCAUGAGAACACACGCACACACGCUCUCACAGCAAGAUACACAAUGAAUGAGCUCAUAUCAAACAGCAUCUCUCUCUACCUCUCCAUUAAAGAGCAAACUUCUAGAUUAAUCUUGCCUCAACAAUUCCUAGUUCCAAGAAAAAUGGACCAAACUAUGAAGAAUCCACAGUAAUGUAUGUCUGUGGCUUUCUGCUCCUUCAAAUCAAAGACCCAACCGCCGUCCUCUUCAUGUGGGCAGAUGAGUCAAUAGCCCUGCCGGUGCUGGCUUGAAUGGUGACAUGUGGUCAAUGUAUACACAGAGUACACAGAGAAUAGGCCUGCAGAUGGAUCUCAUUAGGGAAGACCCCCACACCUUUCCCAUGCACCACUGCGUCGGCCAUUUCCUCCUCAUCAAAGGGGGAGGCGGCUAAGUAACCUAUGUUGCUGUGUUUAUGUAACACCAGGCAACCCAGCCCUCCUCCCCCUCCUCACAUUCUGGGUUGUCUUGAGAGCACUGAGAGCGUAUUUCUCUAGUAUUGUUGUAUUGAUGCGCCUAGUCUCCUCCAUUAGGCC